UCCGCCAUUUUCGAUUUUCUCUUGCCCAGUUUCUUUCAUAUUUUGCCAGUUUUAAGAUCAGGAGCCAUGUCUGCAGGUGGAUUUUCCUUUGGUGGUGGUAGUGGCUUCAGCUUUGCCACACCUACAACUAGUGCCACAACAACCACAGGAGCAACUGGAGCUGGUGGCUUCUCCUUUGGUACACCUGCGAGCACUGCUGCCGCCACAGCUUCACCAGCCGGUAGAUUUUCCUUCGGCGCUGCACCAGCAGCUACGGCAACUCCAGCAGCCACAUCAGGUUUCAGUUUUGGGACUCCUCAGCAGACAGCCACUACAAAGCCUGCUGCGGCAUCGGGAUUCGCCUUCGGAGCUGCACCUGCCGGGACUGCAGCAGCGUCAACUGGUGGUUCAUUGUUAGGUGCUUCUACCACAGGUGCCCCUACCACUGGAGGAUUCUCAUUUGCAGGGGGUGCAACAACUACACCAGCCUCACAGCCCGCAUCAACUGGCACAUCCGGUUUUUCCUUCGGUGGGACACCAGCACCAGCACCAGCUGGUGCUGCUGGAGGGUUUUCCUUUGGAGCCGCAACCAGUGCAACUCCUGCAUCAACUUUGGGGACACAGGGUUCAACUUUUGCUUCUCCAGCUGGUGCAGGUACUUUUAGCCUUGGAGGUACCACAUCAGCCGCACCUACUGGUGGGUUUUUCGGUGGUCUUUCUGGGACUAAACCUACAGGCAUCGCUACUCCCCAGGCGACUGUGACGCCCACACCAGCAUCUACGCUUCCUACCACUGCAACAGUGAAACCAACUGCCACCCCUACAGUGCUACCUGCCGGAGGAUUUGCUUUCCCUGGCGCAACAGGUGGUCUGAAACUUGGCACAUCUGUGCCCACAAGCACUGCUGCACCUUCAGCAUUAACUGCAGCAUUUUCCACGCCGGCACCUGCGGCUACGACAGCCACAACAGGAUUAGGAUUAGGCUUGGGGACUACCACUACAGGAUUAGGCUUGGGGACUACCACUACAGGAUUAGGCCUGGGGACUACCACUACAGGUUUAGGCUUGGGGACCACCUCUACCGGAUUAGGCUUGGGGACUACCACUACAGUGUUAGGGACAGGCUUGGGAGUUACACCAGCAGCAACAUCGACUGCCACUACGACAGCGAAGGCGAGUUUUGGUUUCAGUGGAUUAAGUGGUCUCUCGUCGACCCCUGCGUCCACGACUGCUACAACGACUACUAGUACAUCAUCGUUGUUUCCAGUGUUAGGAACAUCAACAACGACUACGUCCACCAAUCUCACUACAUUAACAACCACGACUGCGUCAGCUGCCCAAGCUCCAUCCAUGAACUACAGGCAACUGGAAGAGCUGAUCAACAAGUGGACCUUGGACUUGGAAGAACAAGAAAGCAUCUUCUUACAGCAAGCUUUACAAGUCAAUGCAUGGGAUAGGCUGUUGAUUGAAAAUGGAGAUAGUAUUACCCAACUGAACACUGAUGUCGACAAAGUGAAAUUAGACCAGAAACGUUUGGAUCAUGAGCUGGACUUCAUCCAAGCACAACAGAAAGAAUUGGAAGAAAUGUUAGAGCCGUUAGAAAAAGCAGUGGACCAGUUACCGCCCAUCGGGUAUCAACAACAUGCAGACUUGGAGAGAGAACACACAUAUCAAAUGGCUGAGAAUAUUGAUGCGCAGUUGAAGAGGAUGGUGAACGAUCUGAAAGAGAUUGUGGAGCAUUUGAAUGCCUCAAGUGGAAAUCAAGACAACACAGACCCAGUCAAUCAAAUCGCGAGAAUUCUUAACGCACACAUGGACUCGCUGCAAUGGAUAGAUCAAAAUUCAGCAAUGGUACAAAGGAAGGUGGAUGAGAUUUCAAAGCUGGCUGAUGUUCGACGGAGAGAGCAAGAAAGAAAUUUCCGACUUGCAUACGAUUGAGACAUUUGUGAACAAUUGAUGUGUUAUUUGUGUUCAGGAGGUACUCUGCUGUUCUUGGAAUCAUGAUUCAUAUGAUGAAGUGGAAUUCUUCACCCACAGAAAUGACCAAAAAGAUGAUGUCAAAAAUGCUGUUUAUUUCCAUGAGAAUGGGUGUGACAAUCACAAGUGUAUCACUAUUAAAGUAGAAGUGUGUUGUGCUGAUACAUACUAUUUGUGAACAAUGGCAUAGUGACCUAUCAAAUCUGCUGGGAGGUGCUGUGAGUCACAUUCCUUUUCAGUGAGGGAGGUUUUUUACACCAGAAAAAAGAACGAGACGAAAAGAGUAAAGGCCCAUUUACACUGCCACGCUGUGAUUUCAGUGCUAGGGCUCAAGAAAUACUACUGUUUUGUGUACAUGUAUGUUCAUUGACAGUAAAACUUCCCUCUGAGUCAUCAGAGCAUGAGACCAGCAUUAAUUUCUUUGAUGCCCUAUAUCUUAAAGUCGUCAUGGAGGCGAUGGAUAUUUUUUCAAUAAAUGUAAUCUUGUUUAA